CUGAACAACUCUGGUCUUUCCAUCCUUUCCAAUCUCUCGUCUUUGCUGUCCGAUCUCUCCGCGCUUUCUCUCUAUUCCGGCAAUUAGAUUCAGCACAAUUGACCGUGCUACUACAAUGACUCACUGAAAUGACCGUAUAUGCUAUGUGUGUCAUUAACAAACGGAAAACUCAAUUUUUCUUUUCUGCAUAGAACCUGAAGCGGAGUUUGACUCUUGUUAUCUGGACCGCACUAUCACGUUGGGAUUUUCAGAGGAGCGCACACUGUUGAGAUUUAUUUUUCCCUGUGUGGUGGUGUAGAUUUUAGUAUCACAUCCUUUGAAGUCAGGACUACGAGCUAAAUUCAUACAGUGGGAAUACCGCAAAGGGUAACCAACCAAGCUGGAAUUGGGUCGACGAGCAGAGACAUCUGGAGACAAAUACAGGCACUGCUCCCAACCAACAAUCUAUAAGUAGACCCACUCUCUUAGGAUGGGGGGCACCGAGUUGCACAAAGCUGCUCUGAUUGGCUGGAGCUCUGUCUGUCAGUUGUCAAUCACAGCCUGAGGAGCAGGUUAUUGGUCUGGGAGCUGUGGGGGGGUGGGAGAGGAGUUCCAGAAUUUCCAGGACCACAAUCUGCUUGGCUGACCGCAGCAGGAGCAUGUUGAGAGGAACCAGGCCAGGGGGAAGCAGUACCUCUCCAUGGAGCUCUGGAGGAGCCACUAUAGCCCAUGGAAUGGGGAUGGUCUACCUAUCCAAGGUCUACCUUCUCUUAUGGAUUGGCUUCCUGUUAGCGUCUGUGUGUCUGCCGGUCGUGGCUCAGACCCCAGUCCACCCUGUUGUCACCACGAAUUACGGGAAGCUGCGGGGGUUAAAGACGACGCUGCCCAAUGAGAUCCUAGGGCCCGUGGAGCAGUACUUGGGGAUCCCGUACGCUUUGGCUCCUACAGGGGAGAGACGCUUCCAGCCCCCCGAGCCUCCCAUGUCCUGGCCUGGGAUCAGGAAUGCUACCCAGUUCGCCCCUGUGUGUCCACAGUACCUGGAGGAAAAGUUACUCAACGAUAUGCUGCCGGUGUGGUUCACAGCGAACUUGGAUACAGUGGUAACCUAUAUGCAGGAUCAGAACGAGGACUGCCUGUAUUUAAACAUUUACGUGCCAACUGAGGAUGACAUCCAUGAUGAGAACGGGCUGAAGCCGGUCAUGGUGUACAUCCAUGGUGGAUCCUACAUGGAGGGAACGGGGAACAUGAUCGAUGGGAGUAUCCUGGCGAGCUACGGAAACGUCAUCGUAAUCACCAUAAACUACAGGCUCGGAGUGUUAGGCUUCCUAAGCACAGGGGACCAGGCAGCCAAGGGGAACUAUGGACUGCUGGACCAGAUCCAAGCCCUGAGGUGGAUCAAAGAGAACAUUCAGGCCUUCAAAGGAGAUCCAAAGAGAGUGACAAUCUUCGGCUCUGGUGCAGGGGCAUCGUGUGUUAGCUUGCUCACGCUCUCUCAUUACUCAGAGGAUCUCUUCCAGAAAGCCAUCAUCCAGAGUGGUACAGCUCUGUCCAGCUGGGCGGUUAACUACCAGCCUGCCAAGUACACACGGAUGCUGGCUGAGAAGGUGGGCUGCAACAUGCUGGACACCAUCGACCUGGUGGAGUGCCUCCAGAGCAAGAACUACAAGGAGCUGAUCGAACAGAACAUCUUACCCGCAAAGUACCACAUCGCCUUCGGCCCAGUCAUCGACGGCGAUGUCAUCCCGGACGACCCCCAGAUCCUCAUGGAGCAGGGCGAGUUCCUCAACUACGACAUCAUGCUGGGGGUCAACCAAGGCGAAGGGUUCAAGUUUGUGGAGGGCAGCGUGGACAGCGAGGACGGCGUCUCGGCCAACGACUUCGACUUUGCCGUGUCGGACUUUGUGGAUCACCUCUACGGCUACCCGGAGGGCAAGGACACACUAAGGGAGACCAUUAAGUUCAUGUACACUGACUGGGCCGACAAGGAGAACCCCGAGACAAGAAGGAAGACGUUAGUCGCACUCUUCACCGACCACCAGUGGGUGGCGCCGGCCGUAGCCACAGCGGACCUCCAUGCCCAGUAUGGUUCGCCAACGUAUUUUUACGCCUUCUACCACCACUGCCAGAGNCACCAGUGGGUGGCGCCGGCCGUAGCCACAGCGGACCUCCAUGCCCAGUAUGGUUCGCCAACGUAUUUUUACGCCUUCUACCACCACUGCCAGAGUGACAUGAAGCCUAGCUGGGCUGACUCGGCACAUGGAGACGAGGUGCCCUAUGUGUUCGGGAUCCCGAUGAUCGGACCCACGGAUCUGUUCAACUGCAACUUUUCCAAGAACGACGUCAUGCUCAGCGCAGUGGUUAUGACCUACUGGACUAACUUCGCCAAGACAGGGUAG